AUGCCGGCAGACAGCGGAACCGCAGGUGUUGAAGGUCAGACCACAAGGCACCAUGAAGCCGAACUCCAGCGUAAGCUACGGAGUCGGCAAUUUAGGGGAUGGAAAUGCCCGCAUUGUGACCAGGCCUUCAAGAAGAGAGAGCAUAUGGUCCGACAUAUCCGAUCUCAUACGAAAGAGAGGCCAUUUGCGUGCGACAUUUGCUCUAAAAGUUAUGGGCGCCGUGACUCUCUGAUCCGACACGCGCGAACACAUGACCGCGUGGGAAAUGGGACCGUUUUGAUGACACGGCCGCUGAUGCCCUCGCCUACAGGUGAAGAUUCCACAGCCAGCCAUCCGUCACUCAUUCGGCGGUCCGAUAUUCAUGACGACGUGUUGUCUACAAAUGAUCCCCCAGAUGAAUCAGCAUGCUUUUCUGAUUCAAUUGGCUUGGCGACGGAUAAUAUUCACCCGCAUAAUAAUUGGGCCGCGUCCGGAACGGAUAUUGAGCCUACAGCUUAUCUUUCUUCUCCCCUGAACUCCUCUACACGCGCGGACACUAGUUCCCUUAGUGUUGAUCAGGCCUCUAAUGUUUGGGGAAGUUGGACAGAUUUAGAGUUGUUCGAUUUCGGGGGCAAUACUUAUGACCCGUCUUGGCUGGUGGGGAGAAGUUUCGAUAUUAAUGUCCUGACUUCCUCCAUCUCGGCAGCCGCUUCGCCAUGGGUAUACGGCGAUUUUUCUGCUAAUCUCACUGAAAGCCAGCUAAAUGAACGCUCCGAUGGAGAACACAACGUAGAACAGUCGAUUGCCGAUAACAACGUCCGAACCCAAGUCCGAAACCGAUGGCACACGCGGCCACUCAUCGAAUCAGCGCAUCCGUACGCGCUCAAGAGACCGGAAAACCCGGAUCGGGUUGAUGAAGCGUAUCGUGCUGGUCUUUCAAGCCGGCUUCGGCCCAGUCCUCAUGAUGAUGUUCUGCCAUCUGCUGACUUUCUGAAUAUAUGCAUCAAGCUGUACUUUGCCAAAUUCCAGCCCAUAUUCCCCAUCGUUCACGCCCCUUCGUUUCGACCUUCUUCAGAGAGCGCACUUCUCCUUCUAUCCAUUUGCUCUCUGGGAGCCCUAUUCGUAGGAUCAGCUGGCGCUGCUGCUCGUGGUAGAGGAAUCUUUAUGAAAUUGAACAAGGCAAUUCUAGCAUCGUGGGAAGUCUAUAUCUACCGAGGCGGGCGCGAAGCACUGGCUGUAGCACAAGCCGUUGUUCUGGGUCAGACAUUUGGAAUGCUCUCCGGCAACCCAAACGAUCUCUUGUUGACUGAAAGUUUCCAUGGCACCGUCAUUGCAUGGGCCCGGCAAGCUGGGAUGUUCAAAAUUAAGGAUUCUCUCCUAGAAGCCAACCAUUUCGAUCCUGAUGAUUUAGAAACAGCGUGGGCAUCAUGGUCUCAAACAGAGGAAACUGUUCGUGUGCUGGCGGCAUUGCACAUUCACGACUCUGAAUUCGCGACUAUUUUCCACCAUGAACCAUUGUUACGACACGAGCCAGGACGACUACCGCGCUGCUGCGCAGAUGAGCUAUUCACCGCCUCCACAGCUUCUCAGUGGCAAACAAUGAUCAAGUCGCUACACUCUUCCCCAUCAACAAGCGAGUCGCAGCAUCACACUCCGUCUGUAGGUGUGACUACAACACCAAAUGCCCACUCUUUCAUGAACGCGUAUGUGCUACUUUCCGGCCACAAUGCGGCCAUUCAGGAAGCACGAUGUGCAACUCUAACUGAGGCAAUGAUUGAAGACUUUCAUUACCGUCUAACAACGUGGUACGAUGCGUACUUUCCAAGCAUCCGUUAUCGUGACCCCCACUUCCUCAUUGUGCUCUGGCAUGAGACAUUCAUGUCACUGUACGUUUGCUUCGACUUGUUAGAACGCGUGAUAGGGCGUGAAGGGUCGUUAAUGAGGGACGGAGACCUCGCGCGCAUCCGUGAUUGGACGGCAAGGAUAGAAGGGCAGCGUUGUGUCAUUCACGCUAUGCUCAUCUACAAGCGCCUACAGACACUACCCAUCAUCGCGGAGCCUGCUAUCCAUGUGCCAAAGGCGCUGUUUUAUGCAGGCCUAGUCGUAUACUGCUAUGCCAAGUUUCGACCAAACGACGCUCCCCAUGGUGAUGUAGAUAUUCCCGAGCUACGAUCAAGCGACCUUGGACGCCUGUCGACGCAAACGCAAACUUCGAUGGAGCCGCCUACAGCUAGCCUUCGCCAGUUCGAUCCGAGCACAUUGUACAACAUUACUGACCUUCUCCGCCGUCAAGGGCACUGGGAACUAUCUCGCAGAUUUUCCUCGAUCUUAGAAGCGCUGAUCGACGACCUUGCAGAUUCUACAGUCGGCAAUCUCUAA